AUGGCGCCCGAAGUAGCUGUAACCUGCUUGCAAGAGCUAGAAAAGGCCACCCUUCGGCUGCUGGUGCUGCCCAACAGCAGAGGGUUUCCGAGUGAGGUGUUGCUCGAGUGGGAAAAGAGUUUUCACGCUGCAGGUUUGGACGUGGAGCUGUGGGUUUCUCACUGGACGUGGCCAACGACUGACGCGAUGGGGGGAAACGCUGUUGCGCUCGUGAAUGAGCUCGUGGAUGGGAUCUGCGCUCUUCUGGCCAAAGGUUUCUUUGGUAAACCGUUCGUGAUCGUGGGCCACAGCUUUGGCUCGUUACUGGCGCUGGCACUUGCGCAUGCCCUCGAAGAGCGCAAGUUGCCGACCCCUCGCCAUGUUUUCUUUUCAGGAGCUGCGUGGCCUGGCAGGAAGGAACUGCCUGAGGAUUUGGGCGACGUGGUUCCUGACGAAGAUUCACUCGAGAUACUUGAAGAGCAGAUGGAACGUGCAGACAUUCAGCUGCCGAGAGUGCAAAUGCCGGGAGCUCUGCGUGGCGAGCUGAAGUUACUUCAUGGCGUCGUGUGCUGGUUUAAGCAGAAGGAGGAGGUAAAGAUUCAUUGCGGUGUGACGGUGUUUGGCGGAACUGACGAUCCAGUUGCUCCGGUGGACUCGCUGAAGGAGUGGGAAAGGGUCUGCUCGGACGACAAAAAAUUUGAGCUCAAGCUGUUUGCUGGUGAUCACAGUUACGUGACGAAUGCCGAAACGCGGCCGGAUUUCGCCCGGGAGUUCAUUGCAAGACUGCUUCCUGUGUCUACGUCUGCCUUUGUGGAGUCACGCGCUAUGAUCGAUGGAUUGAACUCGAAGGUUGGGUCGUAUCCGUCCGAAAAAUGUCUUCACGACAAGUUCGCAGAGGCAGCCAAGCGGACGCCCAACGCCAUUGCUGUGCAUUACGAAGGCAGAACAUUGACGUUUCGUGAAGUGGACGAGCAAAGUGAACGACUUGCCGAUUACCUGUUCCACACUGGUGUGCGUCCUAACUGCAUUUCGGGUAUCUUUAUGGAGCACUGCAUUGAGUUUGUGAUCGCUUACAUUGCAGCACUAAAGGCCGGUGGUGCGUACAUGCCGCUGGAGAUCGUGUAUCCACCUGAUCUUCUUGAACGUGUUAUGGAGGAAUCCAAGCCGAUCAUCGUGCUAACCAAGAAAAAGUUUCGCAGCCGCCUGCCAACCUGGCAGCCUGCGCUGGAAAUGGACGACGAUUGGCUCGAAGUGUUGGCUCGAAAGAACAUUCCGCCGAUGCCGGCUGAUCGCGCGGCCACUCACCCGGAUGAUCUGGCAUACGUGGUCAUGUCAUCGGGAACCACAGGGGUCCCUAAAGGUAUUUGCUGUCCUCAUCGCGGUGCCGUGCAUUCUUACCACUGGCGCCUCACGCACUGCCCGUUCAAAGAAGACGACCGAGUGGCAUGCCACGUGUUUUUUGUUUGGGAGUUGCUCCGGCCAUUGCUUGGCAACCAACCACUCUACAUCAUUCCAGACAACAUAAUCUACGACCCCGUCCAACUCGUGGAUUAUCUCGACACGCACGGGAUCACACGUAUUCUCUUCACGCCAUCUCUAUUGCAGCUAGUUCUUGAUACGUGCUCAAGUGUGGUACUGCAGCAGAAGAUGUCAACAUUGCGGCUAGUAUGGCUCUGCGGCGAAGUUGUGACGAUGGAGUUGCGUGAUCGCUUCGUUCAUCUUUUUCCUCAGUGCGAGCUGCAGAACCUUUACAGCGUAUCGGAAUGUCAUGAUGUGAGUGCAGUCAAUCUCACUGCAAUGUCCGACCAUGAUAAAUUACUGUCCACGAAGUAUGCUUCUUGCGGCGAAGUGAUGCCUAAUGUGCGAGCGUACGUGUUGGAUGACACUUGCAAUCCUGUCCCUGUUGGAGUACCUGGAGAGUUGUACGUUGGUGGCCCCUGUUUGGCCAUCGGGUAUCUCAAUCGUCCGGAGCAAACAGCCGGGCGCUUUGUGAAGUACGCCGUACCAGGAGAGACUGUAUACAGGACAGGUGAUCGCGCACGCUUCUUGGCGAAUGGUCAACUUGAGCUCAUCGGACGCUGCGAUUUCAUGGUGAAAAUUCGCGGAUACAGUGUGGUACUGGGGGCCGUCGAGUCAGCUUUGGCUCAGCAUCCCCUUGUGUCCACGUCAGUUGUUCUCACGGAAGGGAACGAGGGUAGCGACAAGCGAUUGGUUGCGUACAUUGUACCAGAAGAUUGGGAAAAGGUGCCAAGUGCAUCGAACCUUCGCGAUUUCUUAAGCGAGAAGCUCCCGCACUACGCGAUCCCGUCCGUCUUUGUGCAACUCGAUGCGCUCCCGAUCAACAGUGCAAGUGGUAAGCUAGACCGCAAGAAAAUGCCGUCAAUCGAGGAAGCCAAGAAAUUGCGCAACGAAUCGAUUGAUCUUUCAGUGGAUCCGGAAAAUGCACCGCAGACCGACACUGAGAUUAGGCUUGCGUCGAUUUGGUCCAAUUUACUUCGUCUCGAGAAAAACAGUGUUUUGCAUCGUAAGGUAAGCUUUUUCGAUGUCGGUGGCCACAGUUUGCUUUCGACACGAUUGGUGUCGAGCAUCCGAGACACGUUUGGCGUUCAGUUGACGUUGGCAGACAUUUUGUCGUCUCCUGAGCUGUGUGCGAUCGCAUCGCUCAUCGAUCAUUCCCUUGGUAAUUCCAGCAACGAUGGCACUUUCGCCGACACUGAGAAGGCGGAGAAGAAGGUGGUUCUGCCUUUGGAAGCAGUGUUGGAUGCAUCGAUUUACCCUGCUGCCACACGUAAAGCUGGGUACAGUCGUUACCGUGUGGAAAUGGCGGGCGUACCUCCACGCAACCUGUUCUUGACCGGAGCAACCGGGUUCCUUGGUGCUCAUCUUGUACACGCUCUACUGAAGCACUCAACAAGCACCGUUUUCUGCUUAGUCCGAGCUGCUGAUAAGGAUGCGGCAAUGAGUCGCAUCACGAAAGCACUCAAGGAUUAUAUGCUUUUCGAUGAAUCGCAAAAGUUGUGUUUGGAAAGUCGCGUGGUUCCGGUGGUGGGCAAUCUCGCGCAGCCGCUGCUAGGGCUAAAUGCCGACACGUAUAAGAUGCUGGCAACUGAGAUCGACGCGAUCUUGCACAACGGUGCGGACGUAAACUUGGUGAAGCCAUAUUCCGCUUUGAAAAGCGUGAAUGUGCUGGGCACUCAGGAAGUGUUGCGUCUUGCAGUGACCAACGGAUUGAGCGAGACUCGCGUCAAGCCCGUCCACUACGUUUCAACGAAUGGAGUAUUCCCAUCUUCGAUGGCUGUACCCAAAUUCGUGGAGACCGCUGACUUGAGUGAUCUGUCGGAUCAACUCGACAAUGGCUAUGCGCAAAGCAAAUGGGUAGCUGAGCAGAUGUGCCACGAGGCCGCUCAGCGUGGCCUUCCAGUGUCGAUUCUUCGUCCAGGCAACAUGGCUCCGUCCUCGCUUAGCGGUAAGUGGAAUGCCAACGAUUUCAUCUACUUGCUGCUCAGAGGAUGUGUGAGUCUCGGUGCCGUGCCCGAUCGCGCCGACUGGUACUUCGACAUGACGCCAGUGGACUAUGCAGCGCGGGCAAUCGUCCACUUCGCUGCGUGCCGACCAAUCGAGGCGCUCGGACGGACGCUGCACAUUCAGAACCCGAUGCUUCCGGUUGCGAGUCGCACGUUCUUUGCUUUCUUUGUGGCUGCGACAGCAACACGCGAUAACAUGGCCACAAUGGAGUACUCGGCAUGGAAGCGCAGUGUGCAGCAAGUCGCUGCGAAGGAGAGUGCUCCGUUGGAGCUGCAAAAACUAGCUUCAGCUAUCGAGUCGUUCGAGGUGUACCUUCAGAGUCCCAAAGUCUUUGACUCGACGGUCUCAGCUGAGCUGCUCCAGGCCGCAAACAUUUCGUGCCCCCCGGUAGACCAGGAGCUACUGACCACGUACACAGCCAAGUGGUAG